UUGCCGCAUGAAGACGGAAGAGAGAGACCUGAGAAAGGAGUGUCAGCUCAGUGCUGGUCUAUUCUUGUUUGCUGUAGUUUUAUAGAGGUUUUGGGGAUUAUUGAUAAUUCUCCAUGGCUCUUACUAAGGAGUGAGACAGAGUUACUAAGAAGCUGCAUGUGGAUCUACCGUUAACAGACACAAAGAUGACCCAGAACAUGUUUCAGGAAGGCCUCUAUCAGGUGUUCUUUAAGGAACAGCCACGCCCCAAGCCCCGCACCCGCCCCCUGCUGACAAGCUCCAAUCAGACUGAGGUGAAGGAGAUACGAUUGGCCCGCUGGUUUGGAGCCAUAGUUAAUGUCCGCCUCCUCAUAUCUGGGGUGGUGAUGCUGCUCGGCGCUGUGGCCUGCAUCCUCUCCACCGUCUCCCUCUCCUGCCUCAGUUUCAACUGCUCCAUCUCCACCACCACGCCGCUGGCGGCCAGCUUGUUUUACAUUUUCUGCGGUCUUCUUACUAUUGAAAUGCAGCGGAAACCAACCAAAAUAAAAGCGAUGAUUCUGAUGGGCCUCACUGUUCUCUGCCUCCUACUGGGACUGGUGGCUCUUCUCACCUUCACACUCAAACACACCGAAUCAGCCACCAUCCAGCAGCCUGCUGCUGGCUUGUAUGUGCUGAAGGGCAGCUCCAUCCUCUUCCUGCUCCUGUGUCUGUUAGCCUCGCUGUACACACUCUUCCUGACAUGGAGGGGUCUGCAGCGCUACAGCGCCUCCUACAGACAGGACUACACCAGUGUACUACAGCAGGACCCCGAUGACACUACGGGCCCACUCUUGGACAGAGAUGAAUUCAGUCUGUAG